AUGGAUAGAAAAGACAACUCUUUCUUGUUUUCAAAUCUUAAGAGCACUCAGCAUAACCCCAAAAAAGCAGUUGAGAAAUAUAAGGAGGAAAAGGAGCAGAUCAAAGUAAACAAGUAAAAAGAAGAGAAAGCUUUAAUCGUGCAAAAGUAUCUACUGGGUCAUAAAGCUAGAAUGAACUUGAGAAAGCAGUACAAGGCCGAGCUGACUAAAAAUUUGGCAGAUAUAGAUAAACUUAGUCAACUCCUACUAAUGUCUAAAAACUAGACAUUCUAUCUGCCAGUCAAGAAUCUGAUGAUACUUAUUAGAACAUUUAAUCUCAUGAUUAGACUUAGAAGAUGGCCUAGCAUAAUGAGGAAAAAGAAGCAAAAUGAGCACUUCGAUAUUGUCCAGGGUCUCUGCAAGUGGAUCUAGAGAGGCCUUGAGAAGCCAGAAACAAAUAUUAUUACAACAUUUUUCAAAUCUCCUGAGCAAAACUAAGUGGGGUUAAGAAACUUCAAAGAAUUUCUACGAUAAACAGUCCUUGUCAUGCAAUUUGACAACAAAUCUGGAAGUAUAAUGAGCUUUCUAAGAGAUGUAAUGGCAUCUAAAUCGACGCUACUUGACAGUAAAGAGUAAUUAUUAUUUGAUUAGAUGCUUGGGGAUAUUCAUCUAGAAAAUGGGCUUGUAGAUAAAUUCAGAAUAUGGACAAUGAGCAGAAUAGAACUACAUAUUGCUUUUGAAUCAAUCCCUCAGGAGAAGAAAAACAUGAUCUUAAUGUCUGCAAAGACUAUUUUGACUAUGCUUUCCUCUCUAAUUCUGACAGAUAGUACUUAUGAUCUUUCAGUUGGGAUGCAGUACUCAUUUGUUCAUGAGUUUUUAUCUAUUCCAACUAUUCUUAAGUACAUCAUUCCUUAAUUAGCAUUUAUGCCAAAGCCAUUGAAUUUCAAAAACAUCUUUCAAUCGUAUUACUACUCUAAAAAGGUGGACAUGAAUGAGGAGGAAAAAGAAGAGUUCAAAAAGGACUCUCAAGGGAAUCUUAUUGGAGAACUAUAGAAGGAUGAGCGCAAGAUGUUUAUCUUUGCUAAUAUAUUUGAACUACUCCACUCUAAGCUGAUUUCAGAAAUGACUACUUUCGAAGUCUACCCAAUAUUGCAGUGCCUAGAAUCAACAGUCCAGCAUUUGGGGAAGAGGAUAUUUGACUUGGAUAAUGCUUCCAUCGACGAUUACAUAAUGACAACUAUACUUAGAAAUCAACUGUCUGCCAUUCUAGAUUUUAAAACCACCUCAAAGAUAUUUGGCCACAUAUUCGGAGAAAAUGUCAACAGCAAGCACUCAAUAUUCGAAGACCAUUUCAAUCCCUAGGCUGCAAUAUCUCUCACUAAGAUUUAUUCCACUAUUCUAAUGAUAUCCAAAAAUUCUCAAAGAGUCUUCUAGCAGAUCAUUCUUGGUAUAGCUUUUAAUGAGCCAGUACUGUAUAAACUGUGGAAAUUCAUAGAUGUAUACUGCGGCAUCGAAUCAUUGCUUGUUAGAAAUGUAAGAGAAUAUGAUUAGUAUAACGCCUUUAUCCAUUCAUUGAGUUUAUUCUGCCUUGCCUUCACAAGAAAUUUGUGGGUUACAAGCUUUGAAGAUUUCUUGAAGAAUUAGUACUUUGAGAGAAAAGAUGUUCUGGGCAUGGUUGGCCUACUCAGAUCACUUAUCAUUGACCUGAUCGUAGAAAAUAAGUAAUAGCAUCAAAACAUGCUGGACGAGUUUGUGCUAUACUCUAGUAGUGUGCUACUCAAACUACUUCAUGAGUAAUUUGCAAUUAAAGACUAUAUUGAUCCAAGUGCUUGGGACAUUAAGGAGAUUAAAUGGUAAGAUAUCCUCAAGUCUUAGGAGUUCAGUCCUGAGAUCAAGCGUAUCAUUAUGUACAUGCCGGAAUGCAUUCCUUUCGAUGUGAGAGCAACCCUCUUCUAGCAGACCAUUAAGAUUGAUGUAUCUAAAAACCAAUAUGUGCAGAAGGUUCAAGUCCAGAUCAGAAGAUCUCAGCUCUUCCUCGAUGGGUAUCAAGCUUUCAGCAAAGUGAACAAUCUCAAAAGUAUUGUAGGUGUGGUCUUCAUAAAUGAAAUGGGAAUGCGAGAGGAAGGAAUGGAUGCCGGUGGUCUGUUCAAGGAAUUCCUAGUAAAUCUCGCUCAGAUCGUGUUCAACCCCAACUAUGGACUGUUUCUCAUUACUGAGAAUGAAAAAGAACUGUAUCCAAAUGCCUAGUCUCAUUUAUUGUUUGGAAAGAAUGACACCAACUACUUCAAUUUCCUUGGCAAGCUACUUGGAAAGGCUAUGUAUGAGGGUAUUACGCUUGAACCCAAGUUCGCGGAUUUCUUCUUAAGGAAGUUAAUUGGGAAGCAGAACUCAUUAAAUGACUUAAAGUCACUUGAUCCUGCCUUGUAUAAGUCUCUGGUUCAAAUGAGAUCAUAUGAAGGUAAUGUGGAGGAUCUUUGCUUAUCAUUCAGCGUGACCGAUGAAAAUGAGGUUACAGGAGAGCGUAGAGAAGUGGACCUCAUUCCAAAUGGAUCUAACAUCACGGUCACUAAUUAGAACAGAUUUAGAUACAUUUAUAUGGUAGCAGACUUCAGACUCAAUCGCAGAAUCAAGGCUUAAGCAGAUGCCUUUGUUAAAGGAUUCCACGAGAUAAUUCCUUUGCAGUGGCUUUAGAUAUUCAAUGAGAGGGAAAUGCAGAUGCUGGUAUCAGGUGCCCAGCAAACUAUCAACGUCAAAGAUCUGUAGAAGCACACUAAGUACAUUGGAGGCUUUGGUGCUUCUGACUCAAGAAUUAAGAUGUUCUGGAAACUCGUAGAGACUGAACUGAAUCCUGAUGAGCAAAGCAAACUCCUCAAGUUUGUAACCUCGUGUCCUAGACAACCUCUAAUGGGAUUCGCUAGUCUGCAUCCUCAGUUCACGAUAUCCAAGAUGGACUGUGACAAUCCUGAUGAGAAGCUGCCCACUUCUAGCACAUGCUUCAACAUUCUGAGACUGCCACCUUACUCUAAUGCUAAGAUUAUGAAGCAGAGAGUGCUUUAUGCCAUUAACUCCAAUGCUGGAUUUGAACUUGCAUGA